AUGCCACGGUCAUCAUUUCUUUCGUUCAGGACCUACUCCAUCCGUAGGCAAACGCGGACAGGAACACUCCACGACUCUCCCCAUAUUAUUCCUUGGCUAGCAAGCCCUCUCGACGAGAACAAUGCCCGAUCCCCACGCUUGCGCCAGCGCACUGAUGCCACCCCUAUUGAACUGUUUUACGACGUGUUUCUAGUUGCGAACCUUGCCACAUUCUCCGCAACGCACGAGAUCAAUAACAUCACAGCGGUGUGGUCGUAUGUUGGCUUUGUGGGGAUUAUCUGGUUUACCUGGCUCCAAGUUACUCUGUUUGAUAUUCGGUUUUCGCGGGACUCGAUCUUCGAGCGCAUCUGCAAGGUCGUCCAACUGUCUGCUAUGAUUGGGUUCGCUUCGGCUGGGGCACGCUUCUCGACGAAUAUUCAAGACGAGAAUGUGUGGGCUUUCAAAUCUCUAUCUAUAUUACUUUCUGGAAGCCGUGUUAUGCUGGCAUUGCAGUAUACGAUUAACCUCUGGCUUAUUCAUGAUAAGUUGACUACGGCAAUAAAGGGCAUGGUUGCCAUCAUCGGGGUACUCUCUGUCACUGGUAUCUCGUACUUAAUAAUGUACUUAACGUUUAAGCCUAGCGAACCGCAUAUAUGGACAAUCUGGUUUGUUCUCUUUCUUUUUGAGUCUCUGGUGAUAAUUGCGGUCUCAAAUCACACAGAGGGCAUUGAACUUGACGACACCCAUCUCACCACACGGAUGGGAUUGUUGACAUUGAUUAUCAUCGGCGAGCAUGUAAUAUCGGUGACGAGAAUUGUUAAUAAGAUGAUUGCCGGCGGAGGAUGGACUUUUGCAUCCUUGUUGCAUGUCAUGGGUGUCGUGGCAACAGUGUAUCUUCUUUGGCACUCAUACUACGAUAUUUCUCCACGAAAACACUACGGGAAGUUACGGCAGCAGAUUUGGACUCACUUGCACUUUCCGUUUCAUAUGUGCGUUAUUCUUUCUUCUGAAGCGUGCCAAAUUCUGGCUCUCGCUCUAGACAUCUCGUUGAAGUUGAGGUACCUGCUCGAGACUACAAAUUUUGCAUGUGAGGAACCACGUCCGGCCAAAGGCUUUGCUCUCAACCUGCUGAACCGAACAAUCUCGGAUAUGGAAAUCGAUUUCACCCAAUCAUCUCACGAGGAAUUGGCUAUUCACAAUGUUAUCGACGGGCUAUGGAAUCAAACGAACAUCUGCUCGGGCAACAAUCCUACUCAAAGCUCGACGUACGGCAUCAAAGAAGACCAAGGACGUUUUUUAUCCGGUAAUGUUACUGUUGCUCUUUUCUCGAGCAUGGGUAUUACGCUUGAAGACCCGCAUUCCACGAGCUCCGAGGGCGUGCAGUAUGUGAAGCUAUACCUUGGUCUAUUAGCAUUUGUCUACGUCUACUAUUUUGUCACGGUAGGGUUGGAAAUGGUUCAUUUUGCAGUCUUUGCGUGGUUGACAAAUCGGCAUCCUCGCGUUUCAUACAAUGUGAUAGCUGUGGGCUUUCGUAUGAUAUGUGCUAUGAUUCUCAUAUCGCAGAUUGCUUUUGCAAAGAAUUUCGACCUGACGUAUAAGUAUAUGACGCAUCCUAUUAUUCUUUACACGUUCUCUCUUACUAUGCUCGCUGUUCUGCUGGUUGAUCGUCUUCUCGACCUGCUCGCGAAGCCGUCACGAGAGGUUAUUCGACAGAGCAGCACGCGCAGUACGGCGCCGAUGCUGAGUCACUGA